AUGUCAAAAUCGUCUCAUUUUCCGACUAGUAUUAAAGUAUUUUAUUCAUUCCACUUGCUUCUAACCAGCUUAAGCAUUGGAGGAAUUUUAUAUCUCGUUUUCUCUUUGCAUGAAACACAAAAUGAAUUAAAGCACCUCAAAGAAUCGUGCGCGUCAUACGACCUUCAAAAUUCGCUCAAAACCGAAAGUGAUAUAUUGCAGUCAGACUAUGAAAGCAUUUUUAAAAAAUCUGGCCAGGAUUUGAACAAUUUGGAAAGCAAAGAAAAUGAAAGGAGGGAGAGAAGAGCGCUUGGUUUGAAAGAGACCAAAAAUCAAACUUGUGCGAUGAUGAUUCGCGAUUUUAUGAAAUUGCUCGGAAUAACCAGUGAAUCGGUAUGUAUCAAUCAGCUUAAUUCAAGGUUACAUAUGUUAUAUAUUGGGGUGUCGUUUAUGAAUAUGGGUUAGUAUAAAUCUCUCUGAGUUAAAUCUCUCUGAGUUUAGCUUGGUUAGACCAUGUAGUGGUAGUACAAUCAUGUUCUUAGUGGUACAAUCGUGAUCUGUUGAUGUUCAAUGCAUUCGAUCAGCUGUAUUUCAUUACAGAUUCCAAACAAGACUGGUAGCAACUUUCCAAAAAGCCUUGUUUGUCUGCCAGGUAAGUGCAUUAUUAUGAACUGUGAGUUCGGAUUUUCUCUUGGGAUUUUCCCGACUUCAGGUUGCUUACGAAUUUUUGCAAUCACUUUUGUGAACAUUUCCAAUAUUCGAUAAUUUGAUGGAACAGGUUUACGAGAUACUGAUGAUCUAAUACUGAUGAUAAUAUGAUGUUCUGACAAUUUUUGAAACUUAUUUAAAGUAGACUAUCAUUAUACUUCCUUUGUUCGGUUUGUUCCUUGUUAAUGUUUUCUAAUUGUCAGUGGCGGCGCCAGGGGGGGGCAAGGGGGGGGGGGCAAAUGCCCCCCCAAAAUUAUUUUUUGGCCCCCCUCAAAAAAAUUUAUUAGUCACUGAGAGCGACUAAAGGCUACACAAGCGUUUUGUUGUUAUGGGAAAAUGUAUGGCUUAUAAGUUGUCAUUACUCAUUAGUGAAUGCGCGUAUACAUGAAACUGUCUUUUACAGUUUCAAUAUUAGUUUGUAAAUCUCUGAAUGGUAAAACUUGCCAGUACUCCAAUAAUACGUUUCAAAAAAAGACAAAAAAAGCUUUAGUGUUGCAAAGUUAAAUUCUCAAACGUGUAAAGGCCGACACAGACCGGACGCGUUCGGAAACGCGACGCGAAUUUUCAGUUUUCAAAAACAAAUAAUACCGUCAACGGAUAAAAAUUUUACAAGGAAUGCAGACCAAAUAGCUAAAAUUCGCCCCCUUUUGAGAGGGGAGCGAAUCUCCUGCGGGGGCGGGGGGGGGACAAAAGUCCUGUGACAACGGCAUGGGCAAAUAGCAGUACAUUUUUAAAAAUUCUAUCUUGCCCCCCAAAAAUAUGAGUUUGCCCCUCAAAUGCCCCCCCAAAUUCUGAGGCCUGGCGCCGCCACUGCUAAUUGUUCUUAUCGAAACUAGUUUUAUGUCGAUUAAAUAUUAUUAUUUAACAGAUUUUUUAAAAUGUUUCAUUUAAAAAUGUUUAUUACUUGAUCUUUAAUUAACCUGUCUAAGUUAUUUAUUAUUUGCAAGUAAACAGCUGGGAAAUUUGUUGUCGCUGUGCGGAGAAAUUGCUGGCGCACGCGAUACUUUACAAAUAAUUCGAAAAUUUCAAAAAACAACACGAGUGAAAUUUCAACUGAUGAUUUUGCAUUGUUAAGACGGCGAUCAAGGAAAUUAAAUUGUUGGAAAAACUUCACUAACAUCUCAAGUAUGGAAAGCAUCUACAUUACUAGAAAUUUAAUUGUGGAUUGAUUCAAAAUUCAGGCGAUAAAGUUACAUAGCUAGGAGUUGGCUUUUGUGCUUUUCGAAUAUCAGUUUUCAUUCGCGGAUUACCAUAACUUGUUGGCCUCAUGGGUGUCAAAAUCGACAUAAACGUAAACUACUAACCAAGAGCUAUAAACAAAUAGCUUUUCAAAAAGAUAAACUUUAUUCAGUCAAAAGGAUGAGGGUAAAUAAACAUGCUACUGCGUGAUAGUGAUUUCGAAGCAACUUUGUCACAUAUAUUUUAAAAAGUGUGAUAAUGAAUAGGGGUGCACCGGAUUUCAAAUCCGGCCGGAAUUCCGGCCGGAUUUAACAAAUUUUCCGGCAUCCGGUAUCCGGCCGGAUUUGGAGAAAAUCCGGCCGGAUUUAAAUUGCUGUUUUCACCUUAAAAAAUUCACCAAGAAUGGGAUAAACCAUCAAUUUGGCAGUUUUAAAGUUUAAAAAACACUUAUAUUAUUAUAAAAUAUUAAGUUAUUAAAAAAAAAUUCAAAAAGGGUUUAAACACAGUCAAAAAUCUAAACUGACACUAACUAAAAAUAGUAAAAAACAUAAACCGCCAUUUUGAGUACUGAUUUAUCCACAAUUGUCCCCAUUACCGGUUUAUUUUAAAUCCGGCAAAUCCGGCCGGAAUUCCGGCCGGAAUUUUUGUCCAAAUCCGGUAAAUCCGGUUCCGGCCGGAUUUGAAAAUUCCAAAUCCGGUGCACCCCUAAUAAUGAAUCCAAUUUUGCUAUUUGCAAUCCCAAAAAGGUAUGAAAAUUAUUUAAAUAUUUAAGGUUUCCGUGUUUCUAAAGUAUUUUUUUGAGAAAAGUAAAAAAUUUUCCCGAUAAAAAAAGCAUAGUUUCUGCAGAAAACUGUUUUCUGAUAGAGAAGGUCCUGGGAGAGGGGGUGUAGAAGCGUGCGCGGAUAGCAAAAAACCUUGACGUUUCCUCCAAAAAGUUAAUACCAAAUUUUGUUUUGCCUUUGUUUGAUAUCUAAUUUAAAUAAGUUUUUUUACAUCUAAAAAUUGCCCCUAGUGGUCAAAACUUGGAUUAUGUUCGCAGUAUUGGCCAUUUGUUUACUUUUUGGGAUCAAAGUUUGAGGUCUAAUUAUUUUUAAAGUUUGCAAACUACCCAGCUAAUUCUUGGCUGUUGUUUGCAGUCUUGUAUGCUGAUUAAAAUAUAGUUUAGUCCACAAUAGUAGAUCCUUUCAAUGAAGGGAAAUUCAAAAUAGUAUAUGUGAUUACUUUUACAGCACAGUCAUUACAUAGGUAGGGUGUAAUACCAGGCCAAAUUGCAAAAAAAUUUAUCGAUUCCUCCAAAUUUAAAAUCAUAUUUUUUUGCUCCCAAGGCACAUAGGAAACAUAAUUUAACAAUGAAUUUUGUUGAAAAAUUGCCCCUUUGCGUCUAAUUUCGCUUUGAAAUGCGUGCGUUUACUGCUCUUGUAUGAAGCAAGAGUUCGAAAACAUUCCGAAGCAGCCUAGACCUAGGCCUUCUAGUCUUAUUUAUAUUUUUUAGUAUUCAGCGGUUUUUCACAUGAAAAGACUGGGACUAGGUGAUUUGGGGGCGGGGCGGAGGAAGCAAGCCUAGAAGGCCUAGUUGAUUUCCCAACAACAAGGCCAAAACUGCCCUGAAACUGCCCUGGUUGCGAAAUGCCCAAUUAUUGCGUUCUCAAACAGAAUUAUUUGCAACUUAACGGCGAAUUUAAACCGAUACAGGUAAAAUAAACUCAUUUAUAGUAUAAACUUACUAUUUUUAUUUGUAUACACGUCUAGAAAAUCGGGGUUUUUAUCAUAAAGUUCGAAGCAACACUAUUAUUUAAUAUGUUGACAAGGUGUAGCGAAAGAACAAAAUGAGUCAAAAUAUAUACCAAAAGUAGAAUCUUUCAUGAAAUUUUGUCUUAUACACAAGUACAUUAAUAUAUAUUUUCUCAAUUUUGGCAAGAAGCAGUCUUGUGUUUGUAAAAUAUACAAAAUAAAACGGAUACAUAUAUUAUUAGCCCGUACAGUACAGUACUGUAUAUAAAAACGUACAUUGUUUAUACAAAUGGUAUAUCUGUAAUAUUUGAACACUAAUUUCAAAUUCCUCAUUCCCAAUUCGCAAAUAUAGUUAUUCAAAGCAAAACAGUAGAUUGUCUUGCGAAUAAAAGAAUUAUUAUUUUGUGCCGUUUCGCUACACCUUGUCAACAUAUAUAAAUAGUGUUGUUUCAAACUUUAUGAUAAAAACCCGAUUUUCUAGACGUGUAUACAAAUAAAAAUAGUAAGUUUAUACUAUAAAUGAGUUUAUUUUACCUGUAUCGGUUUAAAUUCGCUGUUAAGUUGCAAAUAAUUCUGUUUGAGAACGCAACAAUUGGGCAUUUCGCAAUCAGGGCAGUUUCAGGGCAGGUUUGGCCUUGUUGUUGGGAAAUCCACUAGGCCUUCUAUAUUUUCGCUUGCGUCAGGCUUGUGUCCUUCCUCCGCCCCGCCCCCAAAUUACCUAGUCCCAGUCUUUUCAUGUGAAAAAGCGCUGAAUAUUAAAAAAAUAUAAAUAAAAAUAGAAGGCCUAGGUCUAGGCUGAUUCCGAAGUACUGUAAAAUGUAAUGAAAUCGACAACUUGACCUUGCCCUUGAGACCUUGUACUGCUAGAUCAGUGGCACUGCCUCAGCACUGAAAUGUUUUUUGACAACGAUAAUUUACCAGUGUUUCUUGAAUAUUUUCCUUGUUUAACUAGUAGAACCGAACGUACAAGUGCAUCAGAAGACUAAGCGAGAGUUUUGUGUAGAAAUGCUCUGUUUACAGGAAGUUAUUUUGCAUUCGCAAGCGUAAACAAAACUGCGGCAUCAAGUUCACAGUUUGAAUAUCAUAGCGAUAGAUAAAAGCUUUGGAAAUUCAAUUGAAAACAUUUUAAACCACCCGUAUUUGUAUAGAAUAUAUGUUAAUUGUAUUAACAUUGAACUUCUGUCUGUUUGAAUCCAAAUUUGUACUUGUUUUGCGUUUGACAAGGCUGUCAAGCUCGCGACGAUUGGCUUUUUAAUAUACCUCAGUCAGGCAUGACUACAGAUUUUAAAUAGCGUGUCAAAUGUCUUCUUGUUUGUGUCAAGAUUAUAAUAUUCUAUUGCUGUUCAAACGAGAUAUUCUAUACGCUGGAAACGUAGAGUACAUUUUACUUUGUCUUUGUCUCAAGCAAAAAAAGUAUAAAGAUUAAACAGGCAUUCAAAAAUAUACAACAACCACGAACAUCUCGUAAUAUUUCUUCGGGGAAAUCUUCAAGUUUCAAUGGCAAUCUGGCGCAUGCGCAACAAAUUUCCCAGCUGUUUUGCAAGUAAUGAAUUUUCGCGGUGUUUCCACACUGAAACAAAGCGCUGUAACCUCAUUUCAAUGCUCCUUUUCAUUUGAGUACGAAAUAGUUCUUACCUUUGUGAAAUUAUUUGGUCGCCUCGACUACAUAUAGGUAACAUUUGUUGAUGUCUUAACGUUUAUUUUUUGUAACUAUUACGUUAUGGACCGGUGUACGUUUAAUUCAUCGCCUCUUUUAAAGUAAGCAAUUGAAAUCUAGAUUCAUUAUGCGCAAUUUAUACAAAAUAGUAUUUUUAUAAUCAUGGGACUUUAUAGCAAAGACUUUUAGUUAACUCAACCUAUAUGCAGGGAACUAUUUGACUUAAGUCCAUGGUAAAGUGAAAUAUAUCAAAUAGUACAAGAGUAAAAAAAACAAGAAUAGAAGACAAAAUAUGCAGUCGUGUCAAUGAUGUAGACAUAGGCUUAAAAACACUCUGCUUUGAAAAACUUUGAAACAAUCAUUUCGCUACUCUUAGAAUAAAAAUAAUUUGGGAUACAGAUCUAAAUCUUAUUACCAUAGCAAAUUUAGUUUAUAAUCACAGCAUGGCGCCAUGGCCAGAAUCACGUGAUUAUUCUAUUUCGUUCAGUACAGUGCCACCAUCGAUGCAUUAUGGCUUCUGUAGUAAACAGUAAAUUAUAUUAAGCCUGGUUCACAUAUAUGCCUGCGACGUGCCUGCGACGUACCGGCGACGAUGCUGGUGGUAGCUUAAAACGUAAAUUAUGUGAAUAUUUGUUCGCCGAUUGCCUCCAGUGCCACAGUUACAUCGGCGGUAGGCCGGGAAAGUUGACUUGAGUUCAACUUUGCCGGUAUUUCGGCGGUAAGUAGAGGCAUAAUGAUACAGUCGCAGGCAUACCGCAGGCAUAUGUGAACCAGGCUUUACGCGACGCUGUAAAUCACAAAAUCAGGGAAUACGCGGUAGAUCGUUUGCAAUUUGCUUAAUUGCUGGUUGCAAAACAAUGCCUGUACUGUAGACAUAUUUAAUGUAAUCUUUGCCUGGUUUAAGGUUACAGGACACCCUUUUUGGCGUUUUGCGGAAAAUCGCUACUGUGCGCUUAAAAUCAGCUAGUCCGAUUUUCAUCAAAUUUUCACCAAAUGUUCGCCAGUGCAUGCAAAAUAUGGUAAAGUUGUAAAAUUGACAAUCUUAAGUCGCGGUACCUUUACGCUUUUGAGUUAUGUUCCUGCUGGUUUUAAGGUAUAUUUAUGAAAAUAUCAUUUUUAUACAGUAAAAUAGUUGUUCUAAAAAAUUGUGUUCGGAAAUUUUUGUUUAUUUCGUCAUUCCGCUGAUAUGGCGAUUUCUUUGACGACUGCGAUAUAUUUCUUAAUCGUUUGUGUGAAUUGCUCCUUAUUAUUAAAAUAUCCAAAAUUAGAACAAAGCCGAACACUAUUUUGAAACUGACUUCUUUAGCUAUGUCCUGUGAAAAUUUGAGAAAAAAUCGCUAAAACCCGCAGGAGCACAACUCGUUUAAAAAAUCAGUAAUUGCCGUAAAAUUCUUCGGGAGAAAAUUGAAUUUGAAUAUUACAUUUUAAUGUUUUUCUUAUUGCAGCGAAAUGUAUUUUAUUAAAUAACUCUGCGAGUUUUCAACAUUUUUCGUCCAAACUUGGUCAGAUAGUAGAACUAGUCUAAUGCUUUCAUGAAAACCAAUAAAAAAAUUUUAGGCAAAAUUAACACUCAAAGGUGUUCUGUAAUCUUAAGUUACUGCCUAUUCUGCGUUUUCGUAAUUUGUUCCUACCGACAGUAGUGCGGUAUAAUUCUUAUACAGAAAAGACGUCAAUGGACAAAUGUCGUAAAAACUAACCUCUGUACAAAUAUUGAAAAUGCAGAACACAGGAAGUAACUGAAUACUUCGACAGAGUUUGUUUUUGCAGCUAGAGAUUGAAGCAAGCUGCAAAUGUAAGUAAUGUACGACCUACAUUGUUCUCAAAUUUUGCGAUUAAACAACGUCGCGUUAUAUAAUUCACUGUUGAAUCCAUAUUUCAACAUGAUAUGCAAAUUACGAAGGAAGUAUAGAAUAAAUCACGUCCGUGAUUUCUGGCCAUGGAAAAUUUAUCAACGCGAGAAACAUGCGUAACAGUUUGCAGCCAAAGCGUAAGACUUAACAUGCAGUUUUAAAGUCUUACACAAUUGUCCCCCCGUUUUUUUUUCAAACCUUAAUCGGUAAUGAAAUAAAAUAUUAUGUGGAAAAGAAAGAUACAAUGGCCAGUUAUGAACCAAGACACUUACCCCUGCGCAGGGGAAAAAUUCCUCUGGGAAAUCAAAGUCAAAAGUUUGCUGAAAAUUCGUGAUUGAGUUACCCUCCUUGACUAUAGACCAUUUCAUUUCCGUGCUAAAUUGUUAUAGAAAUUAACACUAAGCCUCGACUUGUCGUUAUUGCUCUCGACAACUUGAGCGUAAAGGUCAAUAGGGGGAUUCAAGGUUUCUGACACCAUCUUGAAUCUAUUGUUUUCACCAUUGUGUUUGCACUCCCUUCAAAUUUACCUAUAGGGAAUUCCAAUGUGUUUGCACCCCUUGCUUUAUUGUGUUUCGUUAUGGCGUCGGAAACCUUGAAUCCCCCUAUUGUUGUUUCAGGGCCUGCAGGACCCAAGGGGUCGCAAGGUAUACCAGGAGAUAGAGGUCCUCAAGGUCCCCGUGGCAAAAUGGGGUAUAAUGGUACAAAAGGUGAUAGAGGUGCACCUGGACCACGUGGGAUAAAAGGUGAUCCUGGUGAUAUCAUGAAAUCAAAAGAAGGUAAGAUCGAUAUUUGUUUGUUUCUCUGUUUCUUUCGACGUGUGUAUGUUUGUUUGUUUAAUUGUACAGCGCUAUUCAGGGUUCGGUGUUCCACAUGUUCAGUCACAUUUCACUGUCCUUCUAUAGCUCCACCGAAGAUAACAACCCACCCUCCCAAAAUCAUAUUCAUCAACGAAGGCGUCAACCUGACCUUAAACUGUACUGCCAUCGGCUACCCUCUACCCUCAGUGAGCUGGCUGAAAGACGACGCCUCUCUACUUGGGACUCAGCUGUUUCCAGAACGUGGAAAAGGAACGAGACUUCAUUUCACGAAGAUCACCUAUGACAGAAAAGGGAAGUAUACAUGUCUUGCAAGGAAUUCAGUGGGAAUGGCCAGUUUUGAUGUGAAAAUUAUCUUCAAAG